CUCUUAUUUAUUUAUGGGUGAAAGGUGUCGGUACCAAAAAGCACGUGUCCAUCGCCGGAGAAUCUCGGGCCCACUGUCACCGUAACGUUCAGAAAACCCUUCUGUUCACGUUUUAAACCCUUUCACCGCCGGCGACGAAAAGGUGUUCAUCUUGAACACCUCUUUCUAUUUUCGUCACUCUCAGUUAUUUACUCUUUUUCCUUUGUCUUCUUUAUCCGAAAUCCGCCCUUAAGAUCCCAUUCAUUCAUGAAGAGUACACCUUAAUAUGUAUUCGGACUCGGGUCGGAUUCUAAUGGCUUCUUCUUCCAAGAACAGGACCAAAACAGGGGUUUUCUCCGACGCCUUCAUUUGCACCGGCGGCACACUCUUCGCCUUCCUUCUGGUUUGGGCCUUGUGGUCUUUCAUUUCCCCCAACCCGGUUUUCAGUUCCGGAUCCCCGAACAGAGCUGCCGGAAGAUUGAGCUCCGCCGCCGGGAACUGCUUCGGGUUGAGGCAGGGGUUUGACCUGAGGUACGACCCGCCGGCGAGGAAUUUCUAUGACGACCCGGAUCUGAGUUAUACCAUAGACAAGCCGGUGAGGAAUUGGGACGAGAAGAGGAGAGAGUGGCUGAAGCAACACCCCUCCUUCAUUCCCGGGUCGGAGAACCGGGUUCUCGUGGUGACCGGUUCGCAGGCGACGCCGUGCAAGAACCAGGUCGGCGACCACUUGCUGCUCCGGCUGUUCAAGAACAAGGUGGACUACUGCCGGAUCCACGGCCACGACAUCUUCUACAACACCGUCCUCCUCCACCCCAAGAUGUUCUCCUUCUGGGCCAAAGUCCCGGCGGUCCGAGCCGCGAUGCUGGCUCACCCGGAGGCCGAGUGGAUCUGGUGGGUCGACUCGGACGCCGCCUUCACCGACAUGGACUUCAAGCUCCCGCUCGACCGGUACAAGGGCCACAACAUGGUGGUCCACGGCUGGGCAGACAUGAUCGAGAAGAGGAGCUGGACCAGCGUCAACGCCGGCGUGUUCUUGAUCCGGAAUUCCCAAUGGGCCAUGGAUUUCAUGGACGUCUGGGCCAAGAUGGGCCCACAGUCGCCGGAAUACGACCGGUGGGGGAAAACCCAAAGGGAGACGUUCAAGGACAAGACAUUCCGGGAAUCGGACGACCAGUCCGGCCUGAUUUACCUGAUUUUAAACGAGAAAGAGAAGUGGGGGAGCAAAAUAUACGUGGAGAGUGAGUUUUACUUCGAGGGGUACUGGCUGGAAAUCGUGGGGAGGCUGGACAACGUCACCGACAUGUAUCUCGGGGUGGAGAAGAGGGCGAGGGAGCUGCGGCGGCGACACGCCGAGAAGGUGACGGAGAGCCACGGGAGGCUGUGGGAGGAUUACCUCAUGGACGCCGGGUACGGGAGGCACGGGUGGAGGAGGCCGUUCAUCACGCACUUCACCGGAUGUCAGCCGUGCAGCGGGGACCACAACCAGAUGUACUCCGGCGAGACAUGCGGCGAUGCUAUGCACAAGGCGUUGAACUUUGCCGACAACCAGGUGCUUAGGAAGUAUGGGUUUAUGCACAGGGAUCUGAUGGACACCGCCACCGUCUUGCCGUUGCCGUAUGAUUUCCCGGCGUAGACCGCCGGAAUCUGUACUUUCUUUUUUUAAGCAUAAAAGUAUGAUAUUUAUUGUUAUCAAUUAGACUCCGUAGCAAAACUAUAUUGCCCCUUGUUUGUCUCCGGCGUCUUCUUUUUCUUUCUUCUUCCAGAAUUCAAUUGCAUGUCUGUAUUGCUGGCACAGUUUAGAAGAAGAAUCUAAUCAAUCAAUCAGGACGCUUUGA